CUCCUUUAUCUCUCUCCCUCUAUUUCUCCUUUAUCUCCCUCUCUCUCUCCUUUAUCUCUCUCCCUCUCCCUCUCUCUCUCUCUUUCAUCUUUCUUUUUUUCUUGCUUUCUUUCAGGUCAUGGUUGAGGAUGAAAACCUUCUGUCCCACCUCACACGGGACAGGGCUAAGAUCCCUCACACACGGCGCCUGCCUACACGAGGACACAUCAUGGCUGUGGCCUCCACUUCUACCUCUGACGGCAUGUUGACCCUUGACCUGAUCCAGGAGGAGGACAGCCCCAGCACAGACGGCCAGGACACCUGUGACAAGAGCUUCCGGGCCAACCUGGACAAAUCCACUCAGCUCGACUGCGUCAGGUCCAAAACAGAGGGUGCCAUCAGUAGCAUCUGUCUAACGCCUCCCACAGAGGUCACUGGGAAGUCCCAGAGCCUGCCGCGCGAUACCGGGGUCACCUGGGACGAUAAACAGCAACUUCAGAGCCCGAUGGGGAAGUCCUGCACUCCUCAGCCAGGCAAGAGGCUCACACCGGCCGAGAAAAGCCGCUGCGCCUCCAUGGACGAGAUCCUCUCACACUCCGGGACACAGGCCACCAAACCCAGGACAUCCAUCCCCCGCUCUGCCACCUCUGCCCCCCCGGGCAACCUGCCGCCCAUCAGCCAGCUGCAGGACCUAAUCGCUCAGAAGCUGGAGAGAACUCAGGAGCUGUUGAUGCAGGUGCAAGGGGCGAAGGGGGAGGAGGUGGAGCGGGGGAAGGGGAAAGGGAAGGACUCGCCAGGUUCCAAGGGCUCCAAGGGUUCCUCGGACGGGGCCCGGGCGGAGGCAGAGAGGCUGCUGAAGGAGGCAGCGUCCACAUGGGGUCAGGCCAAGGAUGUUCUAGAGGAGGUGAAGGAGCUGAGGGCGCUCUACCGUCAGCUGGACUCGCUGCCCACCACCCCUGCCUCCCUCUCACCCCUCACACCCUCCAACAGCUGCAAGCAGACUGACUACAGGAAGAGCAUGAUGUGACCGUCAGAGAACUCAACACAGACUGGACUAUGAAUCCCUGAGCGAAAAAACAACUCAACAUGCAAAGCCACAAUAUUGUUAAAUAUGUCUGUUUCUCUCCUUCUGUGUUCUUUCACUUUAUUGAUGCUGUGACAAAGUGAGGACAUUCAGUUGCCCAACGACGUCCCCUGUGCUUGACCACUGUGCCCUUACAUGUCUGCUUGAUGAAGGGUGCGGGGGGCAAAGGGAAGGGGCCAAUCUAGGGACUCAGGUACAUGUUGGCCAGGGAGUCUCUCUGUAUUGACCUGCUGAUGAAAGACCUUGUGAUGCUGCAGUGUCGGUGUUGUUUUCCUCCGCGCUGGUUGUCAAAGAGGGGAUGUUGCAAGGUUUGGGCGGGAAUCAAAAGGGCUCUGCUCUCCAGGGACAGACACACAGUGGUUGAGGAUGACUCAGGUUACAGGAAGGGAAACAUGGUGUCCAGACCAGCCCGUAUGUUGGGAAUGUCAAUGUUUUCCUUUUUCUGUUACACACCACACUGGAAGGUUGGUCUGAGCCAGAUUCCCAACGACCACCACUCUAAAAACCAACAGCAGCCCACCGUACAGUACAGCAUUCUCCCUCCCUCCCUCUGCUGCUCUGGGAAUGGAGCUCAGUGGACUCCUCAUCUCUGCUGGUCCAUUAUGAUUCACAGGGACAAGGGGAACCAGUUCACAUAGUCAGAACUCACUGGUGUUCCAUAGGGUGUUUCUGUCUGUUCCCUGAACCAUAUGAUACAGUCAAAAUGGAGGACGUCUGUCUGGGUUGUGUUGUUACUAGAUGGUACAUACUAGGACAGGGCUGUUCCUUUCCUGUAGGCCGACAGCCAGUUGUCUUCAGCCAGUUGCCACUGCAGCCAUUGAUUCUCAUGCUGCUGUAGAGCCAUGGAGCCGGGAUGGCAUCUGUGUGUGUCUGGUGUGAGUGGUGAUGAUCAUGCUACUGUAGAGCCAUGGAGCCGGGAUGGCGUCUGUGUGUGUCUGGUGGGAGUGGUGAUGAUCAUGCUACUGUAGAGCCAUGGAGCCGGGAUGGCGUCUGUGUGUGUCAGGUGGGAGUGGUGAUCAUCAUGCUACUGUAGAGCCAUGGAGCCGGGGUGGCGUCUGUGUGUGUCUGGUGUGAGUGAUGAUUAUCAUGUUACUGUAGAGCCAUGGAGCCGGGAUGGCAUCUGUGUGUGUCUGGUGUGAGUGGUGAUGAUCAUGCUACUGUAGAGCCAUGGAGCCGGGAUGGCGUCUGUGUGUGUCUGGUGUGAGUGGUGAUGAUCAUGCUACUGUAGAGCCAUGGAGCCGGGAUGGCGUCUGUGUGUGUCUGGUGUGAGUGAUGAUUAUCAUGCUACUGUAGAGCCAUGGAGCCGGGAUGGCGUCUGUGUGUGUCUGGUGUGAGUGGUGAUGAUCAUGCUACUGUAGAGCCAUGGAGCCGGGAUGGCGUCUGUGUGUGUCUGGUAGGAGUGGUGAUCAUCAUGCUACUGUAGAGCCAUGGAGCCGGGGUGGCGUCUGUGUGUGUCUGGUGUGAGUGAUGAUUAUCAUGCUACUGUAGAGCCAUGGAGCCGGGAUGGCGUCUGUGUGUGUCUGGUGUGAGUGGUGAUUAUCAUGCUACUGUAGAGCCAUGGAGCCGGGAUGGCGUCUGUGUGUGUCUGGUGUGAGUGGUGAUGAUCAUGCUACUGUAGAGCCAUGGAGCCGAGAUGGCGUCUGUGUGUGUCUGGUGUGAGUGGUGAUGAUCAUGUUACUGUAGAGCCAUGGAGCCGGGAUGGCAUCUGUGUGUGUCUGGUGUGAGUGAUGAUUAUCAUGUUACUGUAGAGCCAUGGAGCCGGGAUGGCGUCUGUGUGUGUCUGGUGUGAGUGGUGAUGAUCAUGCUACUGUAGAGCCAUGGAGCCGGGAUGGCGUCUGUGUGUGUCUGGUGUGAGUGGUGAUGAUCAUGCUACUGUAGAGCCAUGGAGCCGGGAUGGCGUCUGUGUGUGUCUGGUAUGAGUGGGAGGCAUGACAUAGAGGUCAGAUGCAGUACUGAGGAGAGGAACCACUUGUAAGUGAUUUGCUAAAAUAGUAAUAAUAACAGAAUUGCACUAUGAAGGAAGGCUGUAAAACAAGAGGAUGAAACUGGUGGGUGGAAACUGGAGAGAACAGAUGUGUCUAAUAUGGCUUUUCAUUCUGUUCUACAUAUUUGUUACGACAAUCUAGUGUUUGUAGAAACAUACAGGCUGCAUAGUUCCAACGCCUUGAUACCUAAGACAGUCGCUCAACUCGCUACUCUUUGAAAAUCUGAGCUUCUCAAAGGUACAAUGUGUGUAAACAAUGCUGUUGAUGAACGCAUCCCUCCGGCUAGCUAACAGUGAUGCUAAUGCUUGACCUCUGACCUCCCUGUCCUACUUAAGGACUUAUAGGGUUUAUGGCAGAGAAGAGAGCUAUGCAACGUAGCACGAACACACACAACCACAACGAGAGAGAGAGCAGCGGCCAAUGGACUGCGUCGCCUGAUCAAAACAUCCAGUGCGUCUCUCCAGAGCACCCCGUCUUGUUUUAUAGUCAGUAGCUACAUAUGUUAUGUGUUUGCACAGUGCUGUGGAAAUGGUUCGCUCUGGACUGUCAGACAGACAACAAAAACAGUGUUAUGAUUAUGUUGUUAUCAUUGUUUGUGUUUUUUAUUUGUUUAAAAUGCUUUUGUAGGAUGAUUUAAGGCACGCUUUAGAGAAGAAAAUGUCCGGGGCAUUCUAGAACGUUCAGGCUCUUAGAAUGCUCAACUGGAAACUGUGCAUAUUGUAGUGUUACUCUGUUUGUUCAACCAACAACCACAACCCAAUAACACAAGUCAAAAAUCAUUAACGUUGAAGUUGGAUAUGGACAUAAAAGAGGGUGAGGUGGGAAAGGUAUGUUAGAAAGAACACAACAGGAAACAUUUAACUGAGUAGGCCAGAAACAAUAUUUUUAGUAGUAUGUCUAUUAUUGUUGUUGUUAUUUCGUUUUAUCUGGGAUAAAGUACUAUCUUGUGUGAGGCUGAACACAAAACCUUACGUUUGUGCAAUCCUGAAAAGAUUGAUAUGACCGCCGAUGCACUGUACAUACUCGGAGCAGUUUGAAUCAUCUCAAAGGAUGUUGCUGUAUUUUCUUAUUGCGUUGCAUUAUGAUGGAGACGGAAGUGGCUUUGCUUUGCACUGAAGUUCAUCACUUCUGGACUGUCAAAGUACUUGAGACAUAACCACUUGUGCAAUUAUAACAAUCAGCCUAAUUCAGACAACCAGUGUUCUACAUUGAAUGUUUGCUUUUUUAAGUCAAAACCUCGCCGAGAAUUGUAAUAAAAUGAUUUUUGUAUGUCCAUUCAGAAGAAUACCCUACUGGAAUAUAGGGCUGGUUUUCAUAGGAAAUGCUGAGGUAGGAAGUGAUUGAUCCAAGCAUUGUUUUUGUGGCAGCAAUAAUACCAUCUUCAAGCUAUGCCAAAGAUAAUAUGGCUGUAUAAAAUGGAAAUAAAAUGAUUCCCAUUGAAAUACUUUGAUAAUGUAAAUAAGGAUGUUUCAUAUUUUCUAGUUGACAAUGUGAAUGUCAGCCUACUUGUUCUGACAACCAUACCACAUGUUGUGUGAAAUGGUUGGUCACAGCAACUCCAACCUUAAUAAUCCAUCAAACACCAAGUCAAUUUACCCUCUUCUCCAGCUAGCAAUGCAUUCUGGGAUAUAAUAAUAAUAUAAUAUAUGCCAUUUGGCAGACAGCUUUUAUGUAUGGGUGGCCCCUGGAACCAAACCCUCAGGUAUGGCAGUACAAGUACCAUGCUCUACCACCUGAGCCAUACAGGACCAGGAUACAGGAUCUGUGGCCACAAGUUGUGAAAUCCAGCCAAUAUUGGCCACACAUGGUCACACACAAACGCAUAACAUUCAAUCAAGACUGUUUUCUUAUUUCUGUAAGGUGAAAUGUCUUCCUUCGUUUAAUGUAUGACAUGUUAUGUUGUCAUAUUUUCAGUUUCCUUUCCAAUUUUGUUCACCAAAUGUGGGUCUGGCACCAAAACAGUAGCUACCGCAGCCUUAAAUACCAAGAGGAAUGUAGGAAAGUUACUCAGCAACUACAAUGAUUGUCCCUCAGCUAUUUACAAAAUCCUAAUUCUUGUGCAUUAUGGAUGAGAUGAAGAUUGUACCAUAGGAAUACAAUAGCAGAGUACGAGCUAGGUGGAUUACUAGAUGGGAAUGGAGAAGGCAUUGUACACAGACUCAGAGGUUUAAAUCCUGCUCCCUCAGGGUUCCAUUUUAAUAAAUUGUGCUAAACAAAAGAAAUGGAG